AGGAGUAGCCACUAGCCAGAGACAGAGGCAGGGCCUGCCGCUAUAAAGACUCACCCCCCCGCACCCGCAGGGCUUUGGACUCCAUCAUCAUCGUCAUCGUCAUCGUCAUCGGCGGCGGCAGCAUUUGGCGACGGCCGCCUGAGGAUUGGUUUGCCGCUGGGGGUACGUACGUACGGACGCGCGGAGAAAAUGCCCGGCGGCUCCCUCCUCAACAGCGGCGGCAUGGCGGACUACGGCGGCGGCGGCGGUCUCACCUUCCCCGUCGUGGUCACCUGCCUCAUGGCGGCGUCCGGCGGCCUCAUCUUCGGCUACGACAUUGGCAUCUCAGGUGGUGUAUCGGAGAUGGAGUCUUUCCUGGAGAAGUUCUUCCCGGGCUUGCUGAAGAGGACGGCGCACACGAGCAAGGACGUGUACUGCAUCUACAACAACCAGGCGCUCACGGCCUUCACCUCGUCGCUCUACGCGUUCGGCAUGGUCGGGACGCUGGUGGCGAGCCGCGUCACCCGGCGAAUCGGCCGGCAGGCCGUCAUGCUGAUCGGAGGGAGCAUGUUCUUGGUCGGCGCGCUCGUCAACGCCGCCGCGGCCAACAUUGCCAUGCUCAUCGUCGGGAGGAUGCUGCUUGGCCUGGGGCUCGGGUUCUCCGGCCAGGCCACGCCGGUCUACCUCGCCGAGAUGUCGCCGCCGCGCUGGCGCGGCGGCUUCAUCUCCGGCUUCCCGCUGUUCAUCAGCGUCGGGUACCUCAUCGCCAACCUGAUCAACUACGGCACGUCGCGGAUCCCCGUGUGGGGCUGGCGCUUGUCCCUCGGCCUCGCGGCGUUCCCGGCCGCCGUCAUGGUGGCGGGCGCGGCGUUCAUCCCGGACACGCCGAGCAGCCUUCUCCUGCGCGGGAAGCACGACCUCGCCCGCGCCGCGCUCCAGCGCGUGCGCGGCAAGGGCGUCGACGUCGACGCCGAGUUCAACGACAUCCUCACCGCCGUGGAGCACGACCGCAGGAACGACGAGGGCGCGUUCCGGCGGAUCCUGCGGCGUGAGUACCGGCCGUACCUGGUCAUGGCCGUCGCGUUCCCGGUGUUCCUCAACCUCACCGGCGUGGCCGUGACGGCCUUCUUCUCGCCGAUACUGUUCCGCACCGUGGGGUUCGAGAGCGACGCCGCGCUGAUGGGUGCCGUCAUUCUCGGCCUAAUGAACAUCGGCGGCAUCCUCGGCUCGGGCUUCGCCAUGGAUCGCUACGGCCGGAGGCUGCUCUUCAUGAUCGGCGGCGCGCUCAUGUUCACCUGCCAGGUGGCAAUGGCGAGCAUCGUGGGGUCGCAGCUGGGGAACGGGAGCAAGAUGGCCAGGGGAUACGCGGUGACGGUGCUGGUGAUGACGUGCGCCUUCUCGGCGAGCUUCAGCUGGUCGUGGGGGGCGCUGUACUGGGCCAUCCCCGGCGAGAUCUACCCCGUGGAGGUCCGGUCGGCGGGGCAGGGCGUGGCGGUGGCGCUCAACCUGGGGCUCAACUUCGUGCAGGCGCAGUGCUUCCUCGCCAUGCUCUGCUGCUUCAAGUACGGCACCUUCCUCUUCUACGCGUCGUGGCUCGUCGUCAUGACCGCCUUCGCCGUCGCCUUCGUGCCGGAGACCAAGGGCGUGCCGCUCGAGUCCAUGGGCCACGUUUUCGCGCGCCACUGGUACUGGGGCAGGUUCGUCAAGGACCAGAAGUUCGGCAACGUGUCGACCUAAGUCUAGUGCAGUAAUUUACACGCGUGCAGUGCAGGUGCAGCGUCGGCUUGAUUGAUCUCAUAAGUAGUUUAGCGUGUGCUCAAUGUUAGUAAUAUCGGUAAGACGGAUUUUGGGUAAGUUAAUCAAGAAUGGGCAAUGUAUGUCACUGAGAUGUUCGAUCU